GUGUAUAUAUAUAUAUAAUAUGAAAUGAAAACCACACACCAAACAAUUUUAAUUCAUUUCAAAUCAAACCAUUUUCUCUCAGGCAGAGCAACAUAUUAUAUGUUAUGUCGUCCUCCGAGACACUUCCGGAGUCGCCCCAAUCUGAUUUGACUCAAAUCAAUUUCGAUGAAACUGAGCUCACAUUGGGACUUCCCGGAGCCGAGUUCCGGCCAACAACUGAUCAUAAAUCCAACGCCAAACGUUGUUUCCAUGACACUGUUGAUGCCGAUGUCGGGAGCUCGACAAGCAAACCGCGUGACAGUCUUGAUGAUGAGCCACCCCAUGGCUCUUCUGGAAAUGAGGAAAAGCGGGCAGUGAUGGGUUGGCCACCGGUGAGAUCAUACAGAAAAAGGACAAUAGAAAUGAACAGCACAACUACUACUAAGUACGUUAAAGUUGGGGCUGAUGGUGCGCCAUAUCUGCGUAAGCUUGACCUUCAGAUCUUCAAUGGCUACCAUCAACUAUUUAACGCUUUACACCAUUUGUUUACCUCCUUCCCUAUUUCUUGUGAUUACUUAGAAGGAGGAAGCAAUUUGAACCCAGCUGUGAAAAGAGCAGAUGAAUACUUACCAACUUAUGAAGAUAAAGAUGGAGAUUGGAUGUUAGUAGGAGAUGUCCCUUGGAAAUUAUUCAUUGAAUCAUGCAAACGUAUUCGUUUGAUGAAAGGUUCAGAUGCCAUUGGCACCCCUUCAAGAACACCAUAAAGAAAAGGAAAGGGGAGGAAGGGAGAGAGAGGUUUUGGAUGUGGGCAGCUUUACUUUUUGAAUUUGUUCUAAGUAUUGAAUGAAUAUAAUAUGCCCCUUUUGAUGUGAUUAGGCUUUUGUUAAUUUUGUAUAAUAAAAAAGUAAUAUUUACCUAACUGCAGUUUGUUGUUGUUGUUGUACAGUUGUUAACAUGGCUUAAAGUGCUCAAAUAUUAAUCACUUGUUUAUAAGUCCUAACUUUGAACA